AUGGAGCAGCAACAAGGCAUCUACCUCUACGUGGCCGAGGUCGUCGUCUUCGGCCAACACGACGUCGGGUGGUCGGCGUCCCCCGCCCCCGAGCCCACGGAUGCCCGCAAUGUCUUCACAUCGCCGGCGCCGCGCACGUCAUCGUCGUAUUACAUGCACGAGCUGCAGCCAUCGACGCCCGAGACGCUUCGGCACCACAACGCACCGUCGGCCGACGUGAUUCCCGACGAGCCCGAAAAAGCUAUGAUGCCCACGGCGGUGCAAGCCAGCUACGACUACCGCGCCAAAACGACCUUCAUUGGGACGAUCGCUGUCAUCAUUGGCGCCUUUGGUGGCAUAGGUCUCGGCCUUCUUCUCUCCAGCUGGCGCAUCAGCCUCGAAGCUGUUCUUUGGGUCUCGCUCCCCGGCAACCUCUACAUCCGCGCGCUUCGGUGUCUCAUCGUGCCCAUGGUCUUUUGCACCAUCUCCACCUCGAUCGCAGAGAUCGUGCUUCUCAAGAAAAAGUCAAUUCUAUCCCUUCGGACCGCCGGGACGUUCUUCCUCACGUCGUUUCUCUCAACCGUGCUCGGCAUGGUCAUCGCGCUCGCCUUCCAUAGCCGCUUCAUCGUGUACUGGCCCGACGACGGCGACGUAUCGUCGCCGAUCGUCGCUCUCCGCUGCGCCAACGGCCUGUUCCUUGGCGCGCAGAGCAACGGCACGGACGCAGGAGUGGCCUGCACUGCUGCCAACGCGACGGUGGCGUCGGCGCACUUUAUCGCAUCCGACGUCAACCACGCACUCGCGACGCGGGUCACCGCGCAAGCUGUGACGCUCACGGACCAAGUGGUUGGGAUCAUCAGCCUCAUGGUGCCCGACAACAUUUUCGAGGCGCUCGCCGACGGCUCGCUCCUCAGCAUCAUCAUGUUUGCACUGCCCCUGGGCGUUGCGAUUGCGCGGUCACACGCCGGUGAGGUGGAAACCAACGUGCUGCUCAACAUUUUACGGCAAAUGCGACAUGCAUUCUCACUCAUGAUCAGCGCUGUGCUACAAACGACGCCCUUUGCCGUCGUUUCUUUGAUCGCCGGUGCCAUCUCCACCUACAACACGUCCGGGUCGACAAUCGUCUCGCAGGCCGGGUUUUUGAUUCUGGCGUUCGUCACUGGCGUCGUGAGCCACACGCUGCUACUGAUGCCGUUUUUGUUCUUCCUCUUUACGCGCGCCAACCCGUACAAUUACAUGAAGCAGCUCGUGCCCGCCUACAUGUAUGCAUUUGGCUGCUCGUCGUCGAUGGCGACCCUGCCCGUGGCCGUGGCUGUCGUGCACCAGACCGGCCAAGUCUCGCGCUCGAUGGCGCAGCUCGUCAUGUAUCUCGGAACACCGGUCCACAUGAACGCUGCGGGCGUGUACUAUCCGCUCAUGACGAUCUUCCUUGCAGCCAUGUCGGGCGCCAACGAGAAGAUCGGAACGCCGCAGCUUGUCGUGCUCUUUUUCGUCUCGCUGAUUGGCUCGAUGGGCACGGCACCGGUGCCCAAUGCAGCGAUCGUGAUGCUCAUGACGGUCUGGAAGACGGUGCUACCGACGACGCCGCUGCCGUUAUCGUUUGUGUACAUUGUAGCCUGCGACUUUGUCUUUGAUCGGCUCUCGACCAUGACGAACGUGCACGGGAACAUGUUUGUCACGCGGAUCUUGGCCCAGCGCUACGACGACCCGGUCGAGGCGUGGUCGGACGAGACGAGCGAAGACGCCCGAACGCCAGUCCCAGGCGUCUAA